AUGGGCACCGCUGCAUCCGGAGAUUCAGAGCUGAUCCGCGUCACGCUGGUGGACUAUUUCACUUCCGACGUCCUCCUUGACAGUCUCGUAUUCCCUAGUGUUCCCAUGCGAGAUUUGAGAAGCCGUUUCUCAGGCGUGACAUGGUCCGAAUUGUACAAGGCGCGCAAGGCACGCACGUGCAUUUUUGGCCGCGAGAAUGCCAGGAAAGCGGUGUGGAAGUUCGUCGGUCCCAACACCAUCGUCGUUGGGCAUUCGGCAUAUAACGAUCUCCUUGCUCUGCGCUGGGCACAUACGACGGUCGUUGACACGUACUACCUCGACGCGCUACAGCCUCCGAAGCUUGACAUCAAAGAUGCAGAAGAUGUUAAGCAAGCAUCCAGCGACUCAAAUGAAAACGAACCAACCACCACCUCCGCCUGUGCUUCAGAUCCAAAACGGGUGCCAAAACGCCCUUCGCCAAAGUCUCUGAAGGGUAUGGCAUUGGAUAAACUCGGGCGUGAGAUUCAGACGGCGGGGAAACAAGGACACGAUAGCCUUGAAGAUGCUAUUGCAACGAGAGAUUUGGCACGGUGGGUUGUCUACAACGCUCAAGUUUGA